UAAUUCCUAUUGGCUUAAUUCCCAGUUGUAGAAUAUUCGGAAAGACAUUCCCACUCUCUCUCCCCUUUCUUGAAAGCAAAGGAAACCAAGCAAACAUAAAUACGUCGCAACGCAAGAAAACUAACGCAAAAAGUUGAGCAAAGUAAAGCACGAAGUAAUGAGCCAAGCGCUAAACAGAGACUACCUAACUUGCGAGGAGAUCGGCCGGGGACGUUUCGGAACCGUUUUUAGAUGUAUUUCUCGCUCCACCAGUGACUCCUUCGCUGUCAAGUCCAUCGACAAGAGCCUUACAUCCGGUGACUCCCUCGACGCCCAAUGCCUCCUCAUGGAACCCAAGAUUCUCCACCUCCUCUCCCCUCAUCCUCACGUAAUCCAGCUUUACGACGUCUAUGAAGACGACACGCACCUUCACAUGGUAUUGGACUUGUGCUCCGGUCAGGAUCUUCACGAUUUGAUCAUCGCCAAUGGCGUUAUUCCGGAGGCCGAAGCUAGAUUCCUCUUUAUUCAGCUAAUGAGUGCCAUUUCUCACUGCCACAAGUACGGCGUUGUCCACCGCGACAUUAAGCCGGAUAACAUUUUGCUCGACUCCAGAAAUUCGGUGAAGCUAGCUGAUUUUGGGUCCGCUGAGGUGGUUAUGGAUGGAGAGAUGAUAAAAGGUGUUGUAGGGACGCCAUACUACGUGGCACCGGAGAUUUUGAUCGGUAGAGAGUACGGGGAGAAGGUGGACGUGUGGAGUGCUGGCGUGGUGUUGUAUAUUAUGUUAGCUGGGUUUCCGCCAUUCUAUGGUGAAACCGCAGUGGAGAUUUUUGAAGCGGUUUUGAGGGGGAAUUUGAGGUUUCCGGUUAGAGCUUUCCGCGGCGUGUCAGCGGCGGUUAAGGAUCUGCUAAGGAGUAUGCUUUGUAGAGAUGUUUGGAAGAGGUUUUCAGCAGAACAAGUAUUAAGGCAUCCAUGGAUAACAAAUGGAGGAGGAUGAAGAGAGUGGAGCAGCUGGAAGCUUCUACCUAUAUACGCUUGUAUAUGAACAUAGGUGUAUUGUAUAUACUAUAGAUGGAGUGGAAUCCGUAUGCGCCGAGUUCACUCUUAAUUUAAGAGGCUAUGCUUUCGUUUUGGUAGAAGACGAGGAAAGAUUUUGGACUAAAGGAAACGACGAGGUGCUUUUUUCUCCUCCCAAAAAAUAUAUUGUAUGAAGAUUUCGAAUUUUGGAUUGUUAUUAACGUA